AAAACAAAAGUCUGGACAUUAAUUUUUAAAAACAUUUACAAAAUUUUGCAGCUCUGCUCCUGUUUUGCAGCUUCUAAAGACUGAAAUGAGCUGUCAGCAUCUCCACUCUCUGCUGCACUGAGCUGUACUGUGCACUCUCUCCCUGACAGCGCUAAAGUCUGUCCACAAAACAAUGACAAGCAGAUGUAGAGGGAAAGUCUGAACCUGUUUACUGUUGUCAUGAUGGAUGCGGCACAAAUACUGCCAUUUAUAUCCAGCUCACUUCCUGUUGGAAAGUACACAUAUUUUGUAUAGUUACUUGAUAAUGAAGGUUUAACCAAAUUCUGUUUACUAUUAAUGAAUGGGUAGGUCUCUGAAUUGUUGUUUUGAUCACUGUAGAGUUGAGCAUCACAAGACUUACAGAUGAUCAGACACAGCCUCUAUCUGAACUCUGCAGAGCUGUUAGCACUGGGGUUUGUGAGUUUGGCUCAUUUAAAUAUUUGCAAACAUCAGCUCACAGGGUGUUAUAACUUUUGCAUAUGCUUUGUGAUUUAGUCGAUGAGUUUUUGGCUUUUGCACAGGUUUUGUGGGUGUAAAACUCUGCAACUCAGCAAAUGCUGGUAAACAUUAUUGACUUCAUUCAGAAACUCGAGCAACUCCGAAAUAUAACAAUUGAUUACAUUUAACAAAUGACUAACUGUAGUAAUAAUUCCCCCCUCUCCGUUUUGACCCUAAAAACAAAAUCCAAGUUGAUGGAUAAACCGAAGUCUUUUUCUUAAAACUGAGAGAAGUCAGUCAAAUAAAGACAAGAGUUAUCUAUAUAUUAAGGUUUACUGCUUUGAGCUUUGUGGACUACACAAAGUGAAGUGUUUCUUGUCUAUUCCCAACAACAGUUGAGCAUUUCUGUCAUGUUCACAAACUUUUAGAUUGCAUUUUACUUUUGCAUGAACCACCGCCAGACCAAACCGUGAGAACCCAAAAGAGGAUCAGAAACAGACACUGGCAAAUUUAACAGGAUGCCAUUAUAAAAAUUAAAAAAAACAUUCAGUGUAUCAGGUUUUUCUUGGCAAAUAUUGUGGAGGAAAUCAAAUAAUUUGUGGAACAGAUACUGACGCCCAAACUCCUGUUUGGAGCAACAACAACAAACUGCCAGGAAACCAGUCGAAGUUGAAAACAGCAGAGAGGAAGUUCAGAGAAAAACAGAACAAAAUGGGAAUUUUUUAAUAUCAUAAACAUUAAAAAAUGCUUCUUCAUCAGUUUGUUUUUAGGUGGGGUUUUACUUAACUUCUCUUAAAGCUUUCACUUCCUCCUAAGAGAAAAAUGCUGUGUGUGAUAAGUUUAAUUAAAAAAAAAGGAAAAAAUGAAGGUGAAAGAUCUCAAACCCACAGUGACCAAACUGGUGACAAACUUUCUUUCUUACUCAACCGGUCUACCUACACUGACAAAGCCUGUAACCUGUCAUUGUUUGUAGUUGGUUAAUAUUAUUAUAUAAUGAUAUAUAUGAUAUAUAUUUAAACCAUUAGUGUAGACAAGGGGUGGGACUAGAUAAGUCUUGACUUCUUCCCACUCCUUUUUGAACUUGAAUAACAUUUUGUCAUUUGUUGUUGUAUUCUUUACUUUUUUAUUAUUUCUUUUUUUAUAUGUUCAAAAUAAACUUCAAUCAAUCAAUCAAUCAAUGUAUUUUUUCUUCAAUUUAGUUGAUGUAUUUUUCACUUGAUAGCAGAGCAAAAAUGUUAUCAUUAACUUAAUGCACAUGCCAGACCCGUUUAAUGGAGUUUUGACUUCUCAAAAUCAAGCAUCUAACACGGCCAGGUGACAGGUAAGAAAGUGAGGUUAUAGUUGUAUAUAGUAACCAUCAUUCAUAGAGUCCUCUUUAAAAUGAAAGUUCCAAAGAGCUUCAGAGAGGGAGCAAAGUUAAAAAAAGACGGGCUAUAAUAUUGUACGGAAGAACAACCUAUAUGAAAUACAUAGGUUUAUAAAAACAAAGUUUGUACCUGACAAGUUGUUUUUGCAAAAGUUAUAACACCCCACAAAUCGCACUCUGUGAGCUGAUGUUUGCAAAUAUUUGAAUGAACCACAUACAUAAACAUACAUUUGGAGCAAAAUUAUCAUCAACAGGCGGCCAAAUGAACAUCUUUUUUUUCUAAGCAUGGAGUUUAUUUAAAAGAAAAAAAUUUCGUAAGUUCUUUAGGACAAUUGAGACUAUUUAAAGAAAUGCAAAAUAUGACAACAAACCAUCCUGGACAGAAGUCCUAAGUUUAAAACUUUUUUAUAAGAGUUCAGACUAAGACGAAAUCACACUGAAAGUUUUCAAAAAGAAACUUUAAAUUCAGUAAAAUAACUGGAUUAGUCUGAGCCUGACCUUUAAAACGACUCUUUUAAUGCCAUAAAUAAAUCUCUUUGAACUGCCUUGUUGCUUAAAUAUGGUACAUGGAUAAAAUGUUCUUACUUUGACACAUCUCAUGUUAUAACUACACACUCGGUUAUUAGCAUUUUAUCAUUGUAAUUGGUGACGAUGGAGCAAAUUUGACAUAUUUCAUGUCAUAUUUAUUUAGUUCAUAUUCUAACUGUACAUAUUCAUAUGCUUUUCAUGUAUUUUGUCUGAAAGACUCCUGUAUUAAGAUAUACAUAACACCUCUAAUAUGGGCGACAACAACUAUAAGCAAUGACAUCUGGUCUUUAAGUGACUCGAAUUAGUUCUUGAGUUUGUAAGUUCAACAUUUUUACUUCCUGUUUUUUCCUGACUGCUGUGCUGCUUUCUCUGUGAAGCAGAACAGCUCCUCAUCUGUGCACUGGAUCAACUUAUCACUGCGGCACGGGUGACUGCACUACCUUCAAAUGGUGAGAAUUUUAUGAUCUUUAAAAUUAAAGAACAGGCAAGGAAAAAGAUACACUUUAUGUGGACUGAGAAAGAGAGAGAAGAAGUUUUGUUGUCUUUAAAACAUUGCUGAUUUUAAAGUAGUUGGUUGUGUUGCAUAAAUAUGUCUAUGUUUGUCUAAGUGUGAACCUGGAUUGUUUUACAAAAAAGCUUGAAAAAUAAAAUACAUGAUGAUAAAAGUUAGUAGAAAAAAAACCUGACAUAGGAGACAACCAGAACUUUAGAGAGUUUAUAAUACCGACAUUUCAAAAUCAUACAGUGUCUUUUCCAAAUGAUUUACGAAUGAUGAAUCAAGGCGUUGAAUAUAUCCAAGAAAGUAGAGUUUGAUGGAGAAAUAGAUGUUUUCUUGGUCGUUGCAUGCUCAGCAAAUGUCUCUUUUGUAUCAUAAAUGUGCUGGUAACUUCGCUGUCUUGUUUAUAUUUUACUGGCCAAGUCUCAUAUCAGAACCUCUGAGUCAACAAAGGAAAAUUCUUCAUGUCCCAAUGAGGAAAAAACAAAACACUAAAUUUAAAGGAUAAGACUAGUUUUUAAGUUUGAUUUCCAAUUAGGAUUAAGGUCUAACUUUAAGACCUGGCUCUGAUUCCCAGUGUCCAGAUACUAAAACACAACAAUGUCCCCUUAAGCCACACUAACCCGUGUUUGUGUGACUGUGUGUUGAUUCAGGCCCUCUGGUGGCUGAGCUGCAGUACUGCAGUGUUCCUGCUCUUGGUUCACAUUAAUCCAGGCCUCACACAGUCCUGCGGCGGUGGAUAUCCUGGGAUUCCUGGAGUACCUGGUACACAUGGUCCCAAUGGGUUAGAUGGUCAGAAAGGAGAAAAAGGAGACACAGGUGAGAUCGUCCUGGACACAACAACACUGAACGCAUUUAACAAUCAUGACAUUUUUCUGGUAUUUUUUAGCUUUUUUUCACAAGUGUGGGAGUCACUCUUUUUACAGUCUUUCCUCUGUUUGUGUUAAAUUUAAUAUAACGAAUAUAAAGCCAACCAAUCAGUUUUGUUUCAGCUCCUACUAACAACCCUGUCACGUGUUGUAUGUUGUUUGAGCAGGUGAAGCAGGUCAACCUCUCAGAGGUCAGAGGGGGUCACAAGGUAUGCAGGGCCCUCCUGGACGGCCGGGGCUAAAGGGGGACAUGGGUCGUCCAGGAUCCCCUGGUGAUCCAGGCCGGCCGGGAGAAAAGGGGAGACCCUUCCACCCCUCUAACGUACAGAAAACGUUCUUCUCCUACCAACGGGAUUUACUAGAGGCUCAGGAUGAGGAAACAACCCUGGACUUCAACAAGUCAGUCCUUCUAGUUUUACAGAAUAACAACUCCUAAAUAAAAGAGAAGAUAAAAACCAAAGAUUUAGUCUAAAAUAUACACAAGAGAUGAAGUUAAAUUUAGUGGAAAUCAUCUCGAUAAGUAAAAAUAACUCGACAGUAAUGGUGAAAAAAUGAAUGAAAUCUAAUGUAUUUCAUGUCUGAUGUGUUAACAUCCCACAGAGAGAUCCUGCCUGACCUGGACCAAGAGUUACAAGGGGAAACACUGACUAAUGGGACGUACACCAGCAGCGCCAGAGGCAUUUAUUUCUUCAGUUACCACAUUUCAGCAAAAAGCAGAGUGAGUCUAAAAGGAAAAAUCAAAACAGGUGUAUCUGUCUGUCACUUUAUUUCUAGUCUUUAAGAUUUCUCUUCACUUUCAGGCUCAUCUUUUCAUGAAUUUUGUUCAUUUAACCCUACAAUACAGACCCUCCCCAUGCUAUUAAAUGUAGACACAGAAAACCAACAGACAACAGCCACACUAGCUAAAUAUCUCACCUAGAUUCCUGACACAAGAUGUACAACAUAACAGUUGAGUUACUGCAGCAUUUAUGCUCAUAAGAAAAAGGAGAAAAAGACCAGGCGUGGGGCAAACCUUCGUCUCUUGAACUUUGGAUGUUUCUGCUCCUGAUUGUUUUUCUUUGACUCAUCCAGGUGUGUGUGAAACUGAUGAAGGGCGCUGAGGCUCAGCUGCAGCUGUGCGAAAUCGCCGAAGGUUUUCUGGUCACGUCGGGUUCAAUGAUGCUGGAGUUGAAUGUUGGGGAGACGGUGUCACUGGAGCUCACCAAGUACAACAACAUUGUGACGGGCCAGACCACCAGCCACACCUUUACCGGCUUCCUCCUCUUCCCACUGAGUUAAAGCUCCACAUUCUGAUCAAUAAAAUGAUUUCAUAACAUCACAGACAGUUUGAAGACUUUAUGAAACCAAAUUUGAUUAAAAUGGUACAACAGCGUCUCUUU